GCAAAGAAAGCAGACAAUCAACGGCCAUUCACAACUGUUCACAUUCUAUUGCGUGCGUGUAAGUGUUUUGUUUACUAGUAUUAUUGUUAUUAUAAUCAUUGGUAUUACGAUUAAGUCACCUUUCUGACACCGCCUAGCACUCAAAAUAGCUGUUUGUUUAGUACAAUCAUAGAUUUUGUUGUUGUUGUUAUCUCUACAGAGUAUUUCACCCCAAAUAAUCAGAAUGAACAAGCCCCACUUCACCACGGACCCGUACCGCAUUACGCGGUUGCAGGAGAACUACGACGAAGGAGUGAAACGCGAGAAGAUGCCGACGAUCGAUCGCGAGAAGCGGGACCUGCACUGCCUCCACGUCACCGAUGAAAAACUCCUCUUCCUUUACCAGAACGCCAUGGAGAGCUACAGCAGCACCGUGAAGAAUCAGAAAAUCAAAGAGUACAACGAGGUGUACAUCAGCACUGCCCCUGUUGCGUCGAAGGAUUCCGGAAAGUCUCGCUUCCGCUUUCUGUAA